AUGUCCUGGUUAUUUGGUAGCAGAAAGGCUGAACAAAAGGCCGAAGAGCCAGUUCAGCAACAAUCUUUGGGCUUCGAUCCGACCUCCGUCAGUGAUAUCUCCAAUAUCCUCUCCACCCCUGGUGCUUUGGACACCUCCAGAUUGCACCCAUUGGCCGGUUUGGAUAAAGGUAUCGAGUACCUUGACUUGGAAGACGAAGUCUUGAACCAGACCGAGGGUGCUCAGGGCCUUAUCCCAUCUAGAGGCUGGUCCGAUGACUUGUGCUACGGUACUGGUGCCGUUUACUUGAUGGGUUUGGGUAUUGGUGGUGCCUACGGUUUCCAGGAGGGUAUCAGAAACAUCCCAGCCAACUCCCCACCAAAGUUGAAGAUCAACACCAUCUUGAAUCACAUCACCAAGAGAGGUCCAUACUUGGGUAACUCCGCCGGGGUUUUGGCUUUGACCUAUAAUAUCAUCGACUCCACUAUCGACGCCUUCAGAGGCAAACAUGAUGACUUGAACUCCGUUGGUGCCGGUGCCAUUGCUGGUGCCAUUUUUAAAAGCAGCAAGGGCUUCAGGCCGAUGGGUAUCUCCGCCGGUUUGAUGGCAGGUGCUGCUGGUGCCUGGUGUGGCCUUAAGUCUCUCCUUUCUUAG